UCGCAAAAGCCGACCUAGAAUUUCAUAAAAUUAUUACAUUUUAACGUAGAAUCACAAACAACUGUUUGAAUUUUCGAUAACGUUCAGAAUGAUUCAGUUUGCAUCGUGCAUUUUCUUAACUGUCCAAGUAUUCGCUUUUGUAGAAGCUAUUCCACUAAUGGGUGACCGUGUUGUAGUAGCGGAGCCUGAUGAAUUCCCUUUCGUUGUAUCAUUUAGACAAAAAUUUCUGUUCUACGCUUUCGAACACUUUUGUGCCGGAACACUUAUUACGCAGUACCACGUCAUAUCAGCUGCACAUUGUUUUGAAGGCAAAAACAUAAGUGAAAUCAACGUUGCCGUUGCCGGACAAAAUUGGAGAAAGAACGAUUUAUGUUACCGUAUUGAUUCAUGGUUGACGUAUAACUCCUGGGCUCAAAAUAAUGGAAAACCUAUGUCGUAUCCAGUCAACGAUGUAAUAAUCAUCAAGUUAUUAUCGAAAAUCAAUAAAGGAACAAUGAUUCCUAUUUCCCUUUCGCAUUUGGACGACCAACAGCUAUAUCGAACGAAGGCAUUGAUAGUUGGCUGGAAUGUCACAAGUACUUUACCAGCCUCGUCUAUCUUACUCAAGGGCGAAGUAACAGUUUUAAGUCCUGAGCAGAGGGAACAUCUAUUCAAAUUGGUGACGAAUGAAAAAAUUACAAUUAACAAAAAUUAUCUGGCUACGUUCGCCGAGUCAUAUAUACUCGUAAACUGUGGUGAUGACGGUGGACCGCUUUUGGAUAAAAACAAUCACCUUAUCGGAAUCACACGGGGUAAAUGUCCGAAUAUAGCAUGGGGUAACUUCUCUGAAAAGUUUUUAAAUAAUUAUAAAUUUAAUGUUCAUUUAAGUGUCAAUUACUAUAGAGAGUUCAUUGAAAAUGUAACACGGUUGACCGAUUAACAAUCAUGUACUAUUUGGAUUUUUCUUAUCAAUGUCUUAAAACUUUAAUUCAAAUAAUAUAUUGCAAAUAAACUGGAUUGUAACUAAUAGGUGACUGCUUGGAGGUGGAUUUUAUUGCAACUUUUAUGAAGAGAUAUGCAUUGACUGUUCACGAUCAACUAAAUACUUCACUUUUUUUUGGUUCAUAAUGACUUUCCUUAGACGUUUUUAUAAUUAUUGCAUUCCUUUAACAUUUUUGCUCGACUGAUACAUAUACCAAUUAUAAAAAACUAGUUUUUAAGUGAUAUAUAUACGUAUUUUGUUGUUACCAAUAUAAUAUAAUUUCGA